AGGAAGAAGAAGAAGCUCGUUGACGGUUGAGGCCGUGUGACUGCUGUAAUUCCGAGAAGAUCUUUGCUGGAGGAAUGUUUUUAUGGAAAUGUUGGUAAAUAUGGACCAUUCGAGACGGUUAUGUCCUUUGACGGAUCAUUUUCACCUGAAAUUCGUUGUCCUGGUUCUGUUCUACUUAGUUUGGCCCGCAGCAGAUGCUGUUAAGACGCCACCGCCAAACAACGUUGUGAUCAGCCAAUCAAAACUGAACUGGAACUCAACAGAGAGUGACGUGACGUUUACAGUCGAGUCUCGCAAGUUUGAGUCGGAUUGGAUGCCCAUAGAGACGUGCAAAGACACGCGCUUCACUUCCUGUGAUUUGAGUUUGGACGGCAGCUGCAUUCAGUAUCGUGUUACAGCUUGGAGAAACAGGACUAAGUCUGAGCCUGUGGAGGCCUGCAGCAGAGACGGCCAUCCGUGCGCUCCGAACUUCACUCUGACCGCAGCGCCUGAAUCCCUCACAGUCAUCCUGAAGAGAAGCCACAGUCUGCAUAAGGAGACUGCAGACAACCUGAAACAUUCGAUCCACUUUUGGAAAAAAGGAGAGCAACCGAAGGAACACAGUGUCACCUUGUCCUCACAGUUGAUCGAUGGCUUGGAAGUGGGUGAGACGUACUGUGUGACGGUGCAGUUUGUUUUUCGUUAUAAGGAAUACGGUCCAGCCAGCUGUAUGCAGUGUGAAACCAUCCCUAGCUCCAGUGGAUCAAAACAGACGCAGAUCAUUGUCAUCUGCAUCGUCCUUUCGGGGAUCGUUCUAUUAGUUGUUUAUGCCUACGUCCACCUCUUCAAAUUCAAGAAAAUCAAAGAGAUCCUCCAACCUCCGUACACGAUGCCACCGAUGCUCAUAGAACAGCUUGCGGGGCACAACUACCUGCCCGUGGCCAUGAUUCCCACAGAGGAACAUCUCAACGAUGUUUCCGUUUUUUCUCCAUUUGAGACCAGAGGAGUCGGACCUUCGCUUCCUGCUGAGACUAAAAACUGUACAGAAUUAAUCUGUAAAUCUUCUUCUUUCAUGGAGGAGCACUCCUAACUUUGUCCUGGCAAGUGAAACUGUUCAGGUCUGGAAAAUGGAGGAGGUUCUGUACAACCAGGCCUCAACCAGCAGCUGAUGGCACUUUUUAAUGUUGAUAUUUCUGUUAAAUACUGAAGAUUAGCUGGACUGAGGCUUCCCCAGGUUCAUCAGCACUCGUUCAGACGGACCAAAUUUGGGUAGAGGAGCCAGAAACUACCCAAUUAAGAGUAGCACUGCUUAAAAAUAUUUUUACUCAAGUAAAAGUAAAAAGAAGCAUCCAAGAAAUGGCUCAAGUAAGAGUAAAUGAGUAUUUAAUUAAAAGGCUACUGAGUAGCUGGUAAGAAUAUCUGAUUUAAUAUUUAGAAAUGGAAGAAUCAGUCAAAACGUAUAAAAAAUACAUUUCAAUUAUGGAAUUACGGAUA